AUGUCUGAGGCUCAAACACACAUGCAAACAGACUUUGAGAACAUAAUAAAAUGGGCCCAUGACAACGGCAUCAUUUUAAACUUUGCUAAGACAAAAGUUAUGUGCAUCAGCUCGCCGUACAACAUCUACAUAAGAAAUAGUAGUCCAAACUUACACAUAACAGGGCACACAUAUGACUGUUUACACAACAACAAAACCAACUGUCAGUGCAAGAACAUAGACAUAGUAGACAAAUACCGGUACCUGGGUCUAACAGUGGACAAUAACUUUAACUGGAAAACACACAUUAAAGAUGUAUGCAGAUGGCAGGCGUUUGGGGGUACACUGGUAUUCAAAUGCGGCGGCUCUCUCAUCAGCCCUAGGUUCGUGUUAACUGCUGCCCACUGUUCGAGAGCGUCCGACCGAGACACUACCAUUACUGAUCCUGUGCCCAAAGUCGUAAGACUAGAGUACACGAAUAUUACGAACGUAAUGUCCAAUUGGGAUAACGUGAUCACCAACAUAUGCGUCCACCCAUAUUAUGCACCUCCGAAAAGGUACUAUGACAUCGCGCUGAUGAUGCUGGACCGCGAUGUGUACUUCACUACAUACAUCCAACCAGCGUGUUUGUGGACCAAGUACGAUACUUCAAGUCUUGGGCCAACGGCCACCGUGACUGGAUGGGGUGUGGUUGAAACACUUAGCAAAACCACAUCAAAGGAGUUGCAAGCCGCUGUGGUAGACCUGAUAGACAGUGGGACCUGCAACCGACUGCUGAAGACUUCUUGCAAUAGGAACUGGUGUGGCGUUAGCGAUGAUCAGCUCUGUGCUGGGAAACUGGCGGGAGGAGUGGACGCUUGUCAGGGUGACUCUGGUGGACCUCUGCAAGUUCAACUUAUCAAACUCGAGGAAGGCACCAUACACUACGUGGUCGGUGUGACGUCAUUCGGCAUUGGGUGUGCGCUACCCAACCUGCCUGGAAUCUACACCAGAGUAUCCAGCUACUUGGACUGGAUUGAACCUAUUGUGUGGCCUGAUGCAUUUUUUAAUUUAAUUUAUUUCUUUCUUUUUUUUUGUGAAAUUGUUUUUCGUGUGCUGUUUCGUCUUUUUUUUUUAAGUGCAUUAAGUGAAAAUAAAUUGAAAAUGGGUGUCAACGUAAAUGUCUGUUUGAAGAGCCUUAUUGUGUUAUUCAGUUUAUUUAUUUCAGUAUCACCUGCGUACUUUCGACAUCGUAUAUCCCGGGACGGAACAAACGACGACGAUAGAUGGAUUUGGGGAUACGAAACCACAUCGAAGAAUAUUACUACUUCAGCCCCAGCAACAGACCCAGUGCCUGCAAAUAUGACAUCAAACGAUGUCUGCCAACCGUUCAACCCACCGAUGCCAGAUUUCAGCAAAACUGGGCGACGAAUAAGUGACAUGAAGUGUUACGAAUAUAUUUGGCAAUUAAGAGUAAGACACGAAAGGAGAACAAGAGCAGCCAAAUGUGCAUUCGAACUAUCAAGAAGUGCAGAUCCAAACAAACCAGUGGCUGUUGAGGCUAUAGGAGGACACGACACCGAACCUGGAGAAUUUCCACAUAUGGGCGCCAUAGGAUGGAAGGCGGCGACAGGAACUUGGGUGUUCAAAUGCGGCAGUUCACUCAUCAGCUCCAAGUUCGUGUUAACAGCAGGUCAUUGCUCCCAAGCUUCCACAUUAGACACGACUAUAGCUGAUCCUGUGCCCAAGAUUGUGAGGCUGGGAGACAAGAAUAUUGCUGAUGUGUACUCACACGGCGUGUUACCAACAGAUGCCAAGAUCCUCAAAAUAAUAGUCCACCCAAAGUAUUCACCUCCGAAGAAGUACUAUGACAUAGCUCUGAUGGAGUUAGAAAAGAACGUACGUUUCACCAAGUUCAUCCAACCAGCUUGUUUGUGGAACAAAUUUGAUACUUCUGCCCUUGGAACAGAGGCUACGUUGACUGGAUGGGGUGUCGUGGAGACUAACGGCCGAAAGACUUCACCUGAGCUGCAAGAAGCAGUAGUAGACCUGAUAGACAGUGAGACCUGCGAUCGUCUACUGAGACCGUCCUGCAACAGGAACUGGUGUGGAGUCAGAGAAGAACAGCUCUGUGCUGGCAAACUGGAGGGAGGAGUUGAUGCCUGUCAGGGUGACUCCGGCGGGCCUCUCCAAGUGCAGAUUCCUAUCCCAAUCACCACGGAAGGUUUGAUGCACUACGUGGUUGGUGUAACGUCAUUCGGCAUUGGGUGUGCGCUACCGAACCUGCCUGGAAUCUACACCAGAGUGUCCAGCUACUUGGACUGGAUCGAACCCAUUGUUUGGCCUCAACCAGUUGACAGUAAUAAAGUAGUUUUUGUUUAUGCUUUGUCUUUUAUUCCUCCAUACAAAAUUAUCCAUGCCGUUAAAAAAAUUAACAUUGGUCAAAUUGCCAAUCAACCUAAAGGUUUUGCAGUACCCAUAUCGAAACAAAACAAGAAAUGUUUAUGUCCAGUGCACAUGACAAUAAGUUUUAAUAUUUUCUCACACAACCUAAAUCACUUACGUAGACCAAAUACAACCUCCGGGGUUGGUCUACUCAGAGGGCCCGGUGCCUCCUUUGGGUGCAGUUGGUGGACACUGGAGAGGUUUUAG